AAAGCUCGAAGAGUGCGGCGCCGCAGUGGAAGCAGCCGAGAGAGGGAUGGAGCGAACAAAGCAGAGGUCAUGGAGCUGCAGUCGGUGGGCUCAAAUGAAGGGAAGGAGAACCAGGCUCUGGUGGAGGACAGCGGAGGCCUUAAAAAGCGGCACAGCAGCAGGUCCUCGAUGAAGAGAGACGGCCACAUUUCACAAAGGGAAGGCUCACAUGGCAGAGAUAAGAAAUGCAAGUCACGCAACGCAGGAGAUAGCUCCUCAUUGGCAGAGGACGGCGAGGAGCUCAUCACCAAGAGAUACCAGGAAAAGGGGUCAGGGGGUGGGGACAUGUCAGUGCCAACACCACAAAAACACUGCCGUGUGAAUGGAGGCACAGCGCAGCCCUGCUCUGAUGACUCUGAGCUGGAGGUCUGCAGGAUCUGCCACUGUGAGGGGGAUGACGAGUGCCCGUUGAUAAUGCCUUGUCGCUGCACGGGGAGCCUGAGUUUCGUCCACCAGGCAUGUCUCAACCAGUGGAUCAAAUCCUCAGACACUCGCUGCUGUGAACUCUGCAAGUUUGACUUCAUCAUGGAGACGACACUCAAACCUUUACGCAAGUGGGAGAAGCUACACAUGUCCAAGAGUGAGAGGAGGAAGAUUUCCUGUUCAGUGUUGUUUCAUCUGAUAGCAAUAGUUUGUAUGUUGUGGUCAGUCUACGUUCUGGUGAAAAGAACCGCGGAAGAGAUCAGACUUGGGAAGAACGAGGAAUUAUGGAGAGUUUCUCUUCUGAAGUACUAUUCGCAAGACGAAGUGCUGGAGUGGCCCUUCUGGACCAAGCUGAUUGUGGUGGCCAUAGGCUUCAUAGGUGGUCUCAUCUUCAUGUACAUCCAGUGUAAAGUGUACCUGCAGCUGUGGCGCCGCCUCAAGGCCUUCAACCGCAUCAUCACUGUGCAGAACUGCCCAGAGAAAGGCGUGCACAACUCUCAGUCCUGGCCCAGCGCCCUGACCAACGGCAGGCAAGAAACAGUGGAGGUCCCAGUCAGCCCGGCCCCCGUCCCGGCUCCAGGGGCACAGAUGGAUUCAGACGUGUCAGUCGAGGCUGCGGUGGCCCCGGCACAAAACCCCAACUGAAAAAUUCUUCUCCUGCUCAGAAAGAGUCCUGAAUCACACCCUGCUCAUCAAUCGCCACAAGCUGGUGUAGCAUGGUGGGAUCUAGACUCGUACAGUGUUUUAGUGUUGUUCAUCUCAGCUCCUGUGAUUACUAAUCUUGAGUCAUAAUGGACAGACUUAAAGUCCUUCAGUGAUCAACGACAAAUGAACUGCAAUGAUGCAAAUGUGCAAAGUAAAGACUAAUGUGGCAAGUCAGAAAUAGAGAAGAGGAGGUGAGGUGAAGUAAAGGAAAACAAAGCCAUCGGGAGCAGAAGUUUGUAAAGACUGCAGUUGUGUUGUAAAUUGACAGUUUUAUUCCUGUAUGCACUUUCUCAAACUGCACUGACACGAGUUAAGGGUGUGAACACCCCGUGGAUGCUAUUAAAGUUCUCAGUAUGCUU